AGGCGAAGAAAAAGAGACGGAGCCUGAGAGACGGAGAAGGAGCGAGAGAGGAAGAAAGAGAGGCAGAAAGGGCGUGUUUCUGGCGCUGCGUUUCCCCUCCCCUUUCUCAGGUCCCUCGCUCGGGCUCUGCGCGCUCUCCGGCUGCAGCUCUCUCCGGGCGAAGCUGGGAAUUGGGUGGGAUUACACGCAGCAGCCCCGCCGCCGCCGCUAGCCGAGCCCGGCUUGGAGAGGGCGGGGGUUCCCCUCCGUCAUCGGCGCCGGGCGCCCCCAGCCUCUCUCCGCCUCGCUCUCCCCGGCGUCGGGCCGGGAGACGCCGGCAGCAUCGGGAGCCUCCCGCCGAGGGCACCGCGGUCCGCACCCCGCUCCCGCAGCCCCCGGUCCGGCCCCGGCGGGACGCCCCCUCCCCUCCCCCCUCCGCCGCGCGGGGGCCCGGCCGGCUUCCGCCCUCCGGGGGCUGCGAGACCUGCCCCGGCCGCCCGGCCCCCGGGAGCUCCAGCCAUGGGCUCGGGGCGCGUGCCCGGGCUCUGCCUGCUCGUCCUGCUGGUCCACGCCCGCGCCGCCCAGCACAGCAAAGCCGCGCAAGAUGUGGACGAAUGUGUGGAGGGGACCGACAACUGCCACAUUGAUGCUAUCUGCCAGAACACCCCACGGUCGUACAAGUGCAUCUGCAAGUCUGGCUACACAGGGGAUGGUAAACACUGCAAAGAUGUGGAUGAGUGUGAACGAGAAGAUAAUGCAGGUUGUGUGCAUGACUGUGUCAACAUCCCGGGAAAUUACCGAUGCACCUGCUAUGAUGGAUUCCACCUGGCACAUGAUGGACACAACUGUCUGGAUGUGGACGAGUGUGCCGAGGGCAAUGGUGGCUGUCAGCAGAGCUGUGUCAACAUGAUGGGCAGCUAUGAGUGCCACUGCCGGGAGGGCUUCUUCCUCAGCGACAACCAGCACACCUGCAUCCAGCGGCCAGAAGAAGGAAUGAAUUGCAUGAACAAGAACCAUGGCUGUGCUCACAUUUGCCGGGAGACACCCAAAGGGGGUAUUGCCUGUGAAUGCCGCCCUGGCUUCGAACUCACCAAGAACCAACGGGACUGUAAACUGACAUGCAACUAUGGUAAUGGUGGCUGCCAGCACACGUGCGAUGACACAGAGCAGGGUCCCCGGUGCGGCUGCCAUGUCAAGUUUGUGCUCCAUACCGACGGGAAGACGUGCAUCGGGGAAAGGCGGCUAGAGCAGCACAUCCCCCCUCAGGCCGUUUCUAAUGAGACCUGUGCUGUCAACAAUGGGGGCUGUGACAGUAAGUGCCACGAUGCAGCGACGGGUGUCCACUGCAGCUGCCCUGUGGGCUUCAUGCUGCAGCCAGACAGGAAGACGUGCAAAGACAUAGAUGAGUGCCGCUUGAACAACGGGGGCUGUGACCACAUUUGCCGCAACACAGUGGGCAGCUUUGAAUGCAGCUGCAAGAAGGGCUAUAAGCUUCUCAUCAAUGAGAGGAACUGCCAGGAUAUAGACGAGUGUUCCUUUGAUCGAACCUGUGACCAUAUAUGUGUCAACACACCAGGAAGUUUCCAGUGCCUCUGCCAUCAUGGCUACCUGCUAUAUGGUGUCACCCACUGUGGGGAUGUGGAUGAGUGCAGCAUCAACCGGGGAGGCUGCCGCUUUGGCUGCAUCAACACUCCAGGCAGCUACCAGUGUACCUGCCCCGCAGGCCAGGGCCGGCUGCACUGGAAUGGCAAAGAUUGCACAGAGCCGGUCAAAUGUCAGAGCAGUCCUGGUGCCUCGAAAGCCAUGCUCAGCUGCAACCGGUCUGGCAAGAAGGACACCUGUGCCCUGACCUGCCCCUCCCGGGCCCGGUUUUUGCCAGAGUCUGAGAAUGGCUUCACGGUGAGCUGUGGCACCCCCAGCCCCAGGGCCACUCCAGCCCGAGCUGGCCACACCGGGAACAGCACAAACUCCAACCACUGCCAUGAGGCUGCAGUGCUGUCGGUUAAACAGCGGGCCUCCUUCAAGAUCAAGGACGCCAAAUGCCGUUUGCACCUGAGAAACAAAGGCAAAACGGAGGAGGCCAGCAGAAUCCCGGGACCAGGUGGUGCCCCCUGCUCUGACUGCCAGAUCACCUUUAUCCACCUCAAGUGUGACUCCUCUCGGAAGGGCAAGGGCCGGCGGGCCCGGACCCCUCCAGGCAAGGAAGUCACUCGGCUCACCCUGGAACUGGAGGCAGAGGUCAGAGCCGAAGAAACCACAGCUGGCUGUGGACUGCCUUGCCUCCGACAGCGAAUGGAACGGCGGCUGAAAGGGUCCCUGAAGAUGCUCAGAAAGUCCAUCAACCAGGACCGCUUCCUGCUGCGCCUGGCAGGCCUUGAUUAUGAACUGGCCCACAAGCCGGGCCCAGGAGCUGGGGAGCGAGCUGAGCCAGCAGAGGCCUGUAGGCCUGGGCAGCACCGUGCUGGGGCUAAGUGUGUCAGCUGCCCGCAGGGAACGUAUUACCACGGCCAGACGGAGCAGUGUGUGCCAUGCCCAGCGGGCACCUUCCAGGAGAGAGAAGGGCAGCUCUCCUGCGACCUUUGCCCUGGGAGUGAUGCCCACGGGCCUCUCGGAGCCACCAACGUCACCACAUGUGCAGGUCAGUGCUCUCCUGGCCAAUACUCCGUUGAUGGGUUCAAGCCCUGCCAGCCAUGUCCACGCGGCACGUACCAACCUGAAGCAGGACGGACCUUGUGCUUCCCUUGUGGUGGGGGCCUCACCACCAAGCAUGAGGGGGCCAUCUCCUUCCAAGACUGUGACACCAAAGUCCAGUGCUCCCCUGGUCACUACUACAACACCACCAUCCAUCGCUGUAUCCGCUGUGCUAUGGGCUCCUAUCAGCCUGACUUCCGUCAGAACUUCUGCACCCGCUGUCCAGGAAAUACAAGCACUGACUUUGACGGCUCCACCAGUGUGGCCCAGUGCAAGAGUACGUGGCAGGCCAAGCUGUGGAAAAAGGGGCAGAGAGAUCGCCAGUGUGGUGGGGAGCUGGGUGAGUUCACUGGCUAUAUCGAGUCCCCCAACUACCCAGGCAACUACCCAGCUGGCGUGGAGUGCGUCUGGAACAUCAACCCCCCACCCAAGCGCAAGAUCCUUAUCGUGGUACCCGAGAUCUUCCUGCCAUCUGAGGAUGAGUGUGGGGACGUCCUCGUCAUGAGAAAGAACUCCUCCCCAUCCUCCAUCACCACCUAUGAGACCUGCCAGACCUAUGAGCGCCCCAUUGCUUUCACGGCCCGCUCCAGGAAGCUCUGGAUCAACUUCAAGACGAGCGAGGCCAACAGUGCUCGUGGCUUCCAGAUCCCCUACGUCACCUAUGAUGAGGACUAUGAGCAGCUAGUAGAAGACAUUGUUCGAGAUGGCCGGCUCUAUGCAUCUGAAAACCACCAGGAAAUUUUAAAGGACAAGAAGCUCAUCAAGGCCUUCUUCGAGGUGCUGGCCCACCCCCAGAACUACUUCAAGUAUACAGAGAAACACAAGGAGAUGCUGCCAAAAUCCUUCAUCAAGCUACUCCGCUCCAAAGUUUCCAGCUUCCUGAGGCCCUACAAAUAGUGCCCAUAGGCCCAAGACCCAGGUUUUAAAGCCCCCAGACUCCUUAGCCCUCAGAGCCAGCAGCCCCCACCCUCAGAUGAGGAAUUCUCUCCUCUCUUUCUUUUUGGAGAAAAAAAAAAAUCACUAUAGACCAAGCAGUCUCCCUUUCUGUAUCUCUAGCUUCCUUUUCCUGUCUCUCUCUGCUUCUCUUUUUCUCCCUCUCUCUCUCUUCACUGCGUUCCCUUUUCCUAUAUGCCCCCUGGAAAAGCCAUUAAGUGCUGGCUCUAUUCCCCCUGAGGGGUGAAAGAAUAGUGUCCCCUUCCCAGCCACACUGCCCAUUGUACCAGCUCACAUCCCUGGCCCCAUCAGCCUGUAAGGGUGAUAGAAACCCUUGAAGGAAGUGGGUCUAGUAGGAAAUGAGGAGGGGGAAGAAGAGCUUCUACCAUUAUAGGGUUGUGCCUUGCUAGUCAGGAGCCAAAAUGUCCCCUGGUUGUGCCCCCCGCCCAGGGUUCUGCCAAAGAAGCCUUUGACUUAUAGGCUUAUUGCCAGCACGGUCCUCUGGGGCACAUGGUCUGAGCCCUGGACUGCCCACACAGCUGGCUUUCUUGUCUAUACAGCUCCUCUCCUUCUUCCCCCACAUGUCUGCCUGGUGUCCAAUCCAUGAGGGCUUACAAAAGGCCCAGACCACUGGGCUAGUGGACACCAGCUGACUGAGGAAAAGCAGCAGGCAUUACCACGUUGAAUGUGCCGCUGUCACUCCCCAAGAGAGAGACUAUAGCUCUCUGCAGGACAGAAACCAGGUUUUAAAGCAUCACCAAAAAAUGAA